AGCUAGCUGCUCAUCCCACACAACAAAACACAAGCUCUUUCUUCAUAGAAAAUAAACUUUUUUGCUUUCACAAAUAAAAAUGGCAAUCAGCAUGGGGCACAUUCUCCGUGGGAAACAUGGCCUCAGAAGGUCAUCCUCAAGAACUAACAGAGAAGGCGAGGUUCCCAAGGGUCACUUUGCAGUCUAUGUAGGUGUGGGUGAGAAGAAACGCUAUGUGCUUCCAAUUUCAUACCUAAAGAACCAUUCAUUCCAAGAGCUGUUGUGUCAAGCCGAAGAAGAAUUCGGAUUCGAUCAUCCAAUGGGUGGGCUUACGAUUCCUUGUCCGGAGGACUCCUUCCUGGACAUCAUCUCUAGAAUGAGUAGCAGAUAUUGAUACACUUUAUACAUCUUAGUUUAGUCAUUAGAACAACAAUGCAGAGAAACAUAUUUUUUUGUACAGUAUUCUGUUUUUUUCCCCAUCAGAUUGGGAAAUAUAUGGAGUAUAUUUUUUUUAAUCUUAUCAAUUCUCUAACUAUUUACUGUACUACUCUUAUCUUGAACCUCAUCAAGUGGCAUGAAAUGAAGUCUAAUUAUUCAA